GAAUGAGCAGCUGGCCGUCAGUGUGAAGCCGCCUGACAGACAGAGCAGCCGCCAUGUCCUCCGAGAUGUUACCCGGUUACUCCCCCAGCUUCAAGAAGCCCUCGGAGAUCCUGCGGCUGAGUAGGCGCAGGAGCCGCAGUGAGGCUGGAGCCAGGACGGCGCUGUUUUCCCCGGGAGAGGCGGCUAAGCGGGUGCCCGGGGUCCGACCGUUCUCUCCGGGGCCACAAAGAACCGGGAGCGGGGCAGUGAAGCGCAGGAACCCGUUCGCCAAUCUGGAAAACACGGUGACGGCGAAGAGGAGAGCGGAGAUUGCGACGGAGUGCUUCCCGCAGGGGAGCUGGGCGGUGCGGGCGGCAGAACAGGAUAACCCGGGGACGGUGCAGUGUCAUCCGGUAGAAGAUGUGGUUUGGGAAGAAAGUCUUGACGCUGAGCCGACUGCAGCUACAGAGCCCCAGUCUCCAGAGAAGCCUAUUCCCACGCCUGAGCCAUGCGAAUCAUCGGUCACCUAUCCAGCCGACUGGAGUCUAAAGACGCGUCUCCUGUUUACCUCUUCUCAGCCAUUUUCUUGGACCGACCACUUAAAAGCCCAAGAAGAAGCUCAGGGCUUAGUCCUACAUUGCCAUGCGACUCCAGUCAGCUUACCUCACAGUAUAGCGGAACCAAAGUCAUCCACCGAUCUCCGCUGUGCCUUCCAGCAAGCUCUUGUUUACUGGCUUCAUCCCACCUUUCCGUGGCUGCAGCUUUUCCCCAGGAUUGGAGCUGACCGCAAGAUGACGGGGAAAAAUAGCCCCUGGGCUCAGGACGAAGCUCUGCAGCAAGUGUUAAUGAGUGAAUGGGCUCUUAGUUUAACAUCUUUGUAUAACUUGCUGAAAGCCAAGCUGUGUCCGUACUUCUAUGUCUGUACAUAUCAGUUCACAGUGCUGUUUCGAGCCGCCAGUAUAGCGGGAAGUGAUGUCAUCACAGCCGUCAUGUCUCCAACCACAAGAGGCAUAAGGGAAGCGAUGAAAAAUGAAGGAAUUGAUUUCUCUCUUCCCCUGGUGACUAAUGACCCAAGUAAAAAGACAAAAGCCUCAGAGUCGGUGUCUGAAGUGGGUGACAAGGUUCAGGACGUUGGGAACACAAGUGACGAGAAGGCACCAGCGGAAAGUGAUGAAGAUGAAAGUUUCUCAUGGUUGGAAGAGAUGGGAGUUGAAGACCAAAUUAAAAAGCCAGAUGCAAUCUCCAUCAAACUUUGCAAAGAGAAAAAUGAAGUGAAGUUGGAUCACAGACCAGAAUCUGUUGUGUUGGUCAAAGGUGCAAAUACAUUCACGUUACUCAACUUCCUGAUCAACUGCAAGAGCAUAGUUGCUGCUGCUGGUCCACAGGCAGGACUUCCACCGACGCUGCUGUCACCAGUGGCUUUCAGGGGGGCGACUAUGCAUACAAUGAAGACAAGGAGUGUCAGUGUGAAAACUCGGGUGCUGUCUGGAUUUAAAGAUCAGUUCAGCCUGGAGAUUACCGGCCCGGUGAUGCCACACACUGUGCAUUUUCUGACUCUGCUGCUUAAAGCUGCACAGAGGGGAAGUUUUUCAGCAUCUCUAUACACACAUGAGCCAACUACCGUCUUCAACACGUCUAUCCACUCCCAAAAUGGCAAGGAAAUCGACAGCACAGAACUUGCAAACUGUGGUCUUCAUUCGCAGACCCUGGAACAGUUCACCCAGUUAUCGACACUGGGAAAAUCCUCCCUCCGUCAUUUAGAACUUAACGACUACAAAUACAGCUGGAAAUGCUGAGGCUCCACGAGCUAAUGUGUGGAUGGUGCCGCCUCGUGUCUGUCAUCUGCCCAGAAGCGUUCCUUUACUCGGCCUGUAAGUGUGACAUGUUCCAGGGGUUUCUUGAAGACAAAGCUCUGAUCUUUGGAGUUAAAGCACCACUGAAGGGGACACAUUUCCACAACUGUGGUGGAAGUAGGAGCUGUACAUUGCUUUUAACCUUUUAAAUAUUUAAUCUUAUAAUUGAACUGUUAUUCAGAUUCCGUUUUUAUAGGAAAAGGUAAUGAACUUGUUUCAGGAUUAUAAAAAUAUAUGAAAAAAGACAUUUACUACUCAAAUACUGCCCUGUUUCUAAGCAUCACCUUUACGGCUCAUUCAGACAACUGUAUGUGUUUUGCUAACUGCAAAAGACAGAUACCAGCCCCAAGAUAGAAAUGCCUAUUCUUGUCAGAUAGGACGUGCUCUAUUU